GUAGUUUCUCCGUGCCGCGGUGACUCGCAGAGCACUGACGCACUCUGCGCCCGGAGGACAGAGCGGCCCGGUCGCAGGCAUGGUUUCUCCGUCCUGCUGCAGCCGGCGGGAGGCAGCCAGUCCAGGUGCCCGCUAGCUUCGGCGGCGACCCAGACGGGGAAAGCGGAAGGAAUGUCGCGUGAUUCGUCAGGCUGCAGCCGGGUGGCUGGUCGUUAGGCCCUGGCCAGGGACCUAGCUCCCAGCCCCCCUCAUCACUGGCCUCGUCUGGCUUGCCACGCUCAGUGCCACACUGCACAGCCCUGGACGGGAUGCUGAGUGAGGUCGUAAAGAGAGAGCGUUCUACCCCCUUUAACUCAGGGUCUGAAAAUACGGGAUAGCAAGCAGGCAGCUGGUGUGGAAAAAUGGCGGUGAGCCAUUCGGUGAAGGAGCGGACCAUCUCUGAAAACAGCCUGAUCAUCCUGCUGCAGGGCCUCCAGGGCCGGGUAACCACUGUGGACCUGCGGGAUGAGAGCGUGGCCCACGGACGCAUAGACAAUGUCGAUGCUUUCAUGAACAUCCGCCUGGCCAAAGUCACCUACACGGACCGCUGGGGGCAUCAGGUCAAGCUGGAUGACCUCUUUGUGACAGGCCGCAAUGUCCGCUACGUCCACAUCCCAGAUGACGUGAACAUCACCUCGACCAUUGAGCAGCAGCUGCAGAUUAUCCAUCGGGUGCGGAACUUUGGUGGCAAGGGCCAAGGCCGGUGGGAAUUUCCCUCCAAAAACUGUAAGUGAGGCCCUCAGCCAGCCCUGGCCCCAACUCGGAGUCCUCCAGUGAUCUCCAGAGCCAGCUCCCUGCCCUCACACCCUGUCUGGAACCCGAGAAGAGGGCAGGGCCAGGCCAGAAUCUGGCGUCCAACAGACACCACCUGUCAAAGCUGCCUUUCACAGGGUUCCACCUCCCAGACUCACUCUGAGACCCAGAAUCCUAUCUACCUGUGGCCUUGGGGUAGGUGACAAUCCCCCUUUUUGAUGAUCUGAAUCUCUGACUUAUUGAUUAUGGAACCUGUCAAGUAGUUUUCAACUCUCCCAGUGAGGAUAAUUAAACAUGCUCAGCCUGAGCCACCUCUAGGUGUC